UCCAUAUGUCAAAGUCUUUGUGCUUUUCAAGACAUCGAGGCGACAGAAGGAAAAAAAACAGCUGGAUCCAAGAAUCUCUCCAGCUAGAGGCUCCGCUAGCUGCUCCAGCCCCGCAAACCAGCGACUUCCUCCGGGUUCCCGCUCACUUCGACAGCUGGUUGUGAGGCUGAUGAUGUGGUGAUGAAGAUGGAGGCUCCUGAAUACCUGGACCUGGACGAGAUCGACUUCUCUGAAGAUUCAGCGUAUACUGUCACGUCUCUGAAGAGCAUCCCAGAGCUGUCCAGGAGGAGCGAUGGCCAGGCAGAGGAGCGACCAGCUCCGUCUAUCAACUGGAGUCGCAGUGUUUCCUCCCACAGCGGCGGAGGCAUCAAACCCACGGGGCUGGCUGAGGUUCACAGUAAGUUCCGUCCCGUGAAGCGGGUGUCCCCCCUAAAACACCAGCCUGAGACCACCGACUCGGACUCUGAUGGUAAAGUCCAGGGCCCAGGACUCGUUCUGGGGGAGCAGGGGGAGGUCGGUAGGGACGACUCUGGCCCUGACAAGCUGACCAAUGCUUCCUGCUCCUCGGACGGGUCUGGAGGGAAGGUGAAGGGCCUGGGGGGCUCCGUGGUGGGAGGGAACAACCCCCAGGCUCUGUUUGGGGAGCUGGAACACUACGAUCUGGACAUGGAUGAGAUCCUCGAUGUGCCUUAUAUCAAGUCUAGUCAGCAGAUGUCAACGCUGCCUCGUGUUCCUCAAGACAAGCGUUCGGUGACGGGGAGUAACCUAGGGGGCGGUACCCUGGAGAGGACACGGGGAGGAGGGAUGAAGAGCUCCGCUUUAGCCCUGAACGAACCUCUGAGCCUGGGCAGCAGUGGCUCACAGACUCAGUACUGUGUUCUGUCUCCGGUGAAGUGGUCCGAUCUGCGGAAGUCCAAGUCGAUGGAUCCAGACCUCCACCAUCUCCACCGCUCACCAGGAGGUUACCAGCUGGAAAUGCCUCCCUCCGGCCUCCUCAGCUGCUCCUCCUCCCUCUCAUCUUUCUCUGAUUCAGAGAAACUGCUGUCUGCACGCGUCUUCCUGGAUUCCCAGAGUCAGAGACCGAGCACGGAGCCUCCGGGUGGACCGGGGCUGAUGUUCCCCUUGUCGGGGUGCAGCGCGAGCAGGCAGGAUGCCUCCAAGCCCUGGGCUCCUGGAUCAGGAGGAGGGACAGUUGGGCCAAGGGGGUUUGGAGGAGCCGGAGGGGAGAUGGAUGAGGAGACCAAGAAGAACCAGAACAUCAUCAACAUCGUCAGAGAAGGGCAGAUCUCACUGCUGCCUCACCUGGCGGCAGACAACCUGGAGCUGAUCAGAGAUGAAGAUGGGAACAACCUCCUGCACAUCUCAGCCUGUCAAGGCCACGCCGACUGUCUGCAGCACCUCACGUCUCUGAUGGGGGAGGACGGCCUGAAUGACCGCAACAACCAGCAGCUCACCCCCGCUGGUCUGGGGGUCAAGAAUGGACAUCUGGAGUGUGUGAGGUGGAUGGUGAGUGAGACGGAGGCCAUCGCAGAGCUGAGCUGCACCAGAGAACAUCCCAGUCUGAUCCACUACGCUGCACGCUACGGACAGGAAAAGGUUCUGCUGUGGUUGCUUCAGUUCAUGCAGGAACAGGCCAUCUCUCUGGAUGAAGUCGACCAGAACGGGAACACCGCCGUUCAUGUAGCAGCUCAGUAUGGACACCUGACCUGUAUACAGACUCUGGUGGAGUACGGUUCCAAUGUGACGGUCCAGAACCAACAGGGGGAGCGGCCUUCCCAGAGCGCCGAGCGGCAGGGUCACACCACCUGCGCCCGCUAUCUGGUCGUCGUGGAAACCUGCAUGUCGUUAGCCUCACAGGUUGUUAAACUCACCAAACAGCUCAAUGAGCAGGCGGCAGAGAGGAUGACUUUACAGAAGCAGCUGCAGAAGCUGAUGGACCCCAACAAGUCAGAGGGGACCCCCUCCAGAUCGCCCAGCUCCCAUCAGCCCUCGGUGGAGGCGUGGCCUGAGAUGAUGCUGACGGCGGAGGGGAUGCCUGGCGAUGGUCAUUGGUUGGUUCAUCAGGGAGGGGUGGGGCCUGACUCUGUGCUGCGACACCUCCUGGGGAAGGACAUGUCUGAGAGUGCGUGUCCCAGAGAGAGGCUGCUGCCUGCGGCUAGUCUGAGCAGAGACGGGGCCGGGGCCCCUGGGGGCCGCAGGACGGGGCUGGUGGACAGGAGAGAACUCAAACUAGUGAGGCUCAAACAGAUCAUGCAGCGUUCUCUGAGCGAAUCAGAUUCAGACGGUUAUCCACCUGAGGAGGGUAAAAACCAAGGAGCCCCACCCUCAAAUGCUCCCCGACCUGAGAGGCCGUCCCACCUGCCCAUCACAGAGGAGGAGCCACUGCCAAACCACCUCCAUCAGAUGAUGAAGAAGCACCUCCCCACUUCCUCUUCCUCAGCUGAAAGGAAGCUGGCGUUUUCUCUCAGCGGGUCAAAGUCGGUCGACAGCAUCGGUUAUAAUCCCUGCCCCGUAUCCAGCGACCCCGAGGCUGCAGACGGAAAAACCCCAGACACUCCCGGUGACUUCCAUGACGCCGCCAAUGGCCAGAAAGUCGGAACCAGCCCCAAGAGCGCCCUGAAGUCACCCUCAUCUCGGAGAAAGACGUCCCAGAACCUCAAACUUAGGGUCACUUUUGAUGAGCAGGUCAACAAGAGCUCAAAUCAGGAGGCGGAGCCAACAAAAGGGCCUCAAGGGAAGGAGAAGACUCCAACAGGAAGUUCAGAAAGCAAGCGGCCGUUUGGAACGUUCCGCUCCAUCAUGGAGACGCUGAGCGGGAACUCAAACCACAGCAACAACAACGGCAGCAGCGGUCAGUCAGGCUCUGCUGUUAAACUGUCCACCUGUCAGAACUUACCUGGCAGGAAGUCGGGAGACAAAGGCAGCCCAGGAGGCGGAGCCAAAGGAAAGAGUAAAACUAGUAACGUUUAACCUGUUCGUGCCUACUGGGAGGUGGAGCGCACGUCAUCAACAGGUGGCGCUCAACAAGCAGCAAAGACGCAGAAAACCUGGGUCACUUAACAGCAACUUGCUUUACGAAGAUAUUUAUGUCCACGAAGCUGAACACAUGACCGGCUGGUUCAGACCAGAAAGAGCUGGUACGGACCGGAAACGACUGGUUCAGACCAUGGACUACUGGUUCAGACCAGAAAGAGCUGGUACGGAC